AUGCAAUGCAUGGCAAACAUUCUCUCUCACCUUCCACUAGACACAGUGGAGCACGUGCUGCUUCCUUUCGCUUUGGAGUGCACAGUCAACGCUGCCAACAGUAACACCUUGAGAGCGUGCGAUAAAGGAGUCGGAGUCGGAGGCGGUGAAAGAGUUGCCUGCCAAUCUACUGCCUCUCCUUCUACGGAUGCGUCUUGUCUCCUUCCCAGCUACCUCAUCGAGUUCGACUUCUUCCUCACACAGGGCGAACCCGUCAUUUCGCUGUGUUGCCUUCUGAAGACCAUUCUCCGUGAGAGAAAAGCACUCCUCUCACCCUCAAUGAUUGCUAUGGAGAUUUUGCCCUGCCUCUUGCCACACACGCUUAACAAGCAGUGGCAGUUUAGUGAGUUUAAGUACAUCAUGUCAACACUCUACGAGUAUCUCAACUACCUCAACGAGACAAAACCAUCUCCCAGUGGCCUCGAUUGCGCCCUGCAAGCCAGCCAAGCUGAGGAUGUGAAACCUCAAGAACAGCCAAUCCGAGUUUGCAUUGAUCGCGGGAGCUUGUGCGAGGAGAACGAACCACGGGACAGUAAGUCGCGGGAUGCACGUUUUGUUUUUGUUGUUGUGCUGCGUUUUGUCCCAACGAAGGGUGUGGCUUCAGUCACCGCAGUGCGCCAAGAUGCAUUCAAAGACGAGGCAGCGGAAACAUCAUCCUGCCCCGCAUCCGUGGAGUGUUCUGCGGCUGAGUCGCGCCCACAUUUUACACUGGACGAUGACACCGCUACCGCCACCACCACCACCACCACCGACGAUGAUGACGACAACCUCCACCACGUGCCCCAGCGUACCACUUCCGCGACAGUGCUAGCAUCGAAUGGAGGUGUUAAGACCUCACCCUCCGCCCAACACCUUCUGUGCGGAGCGAAUCUCCUCACCGUGGCGGUGUGUGAGGGUCCCUUCGGUCUGCCCGACAAAAAUCGUCGACGCUCUGCCAUCGACCUCCGCUCAUCCACCGAACUGCUUUCCACCUCACCAACGCCAACUUCAACACACCAACCGCUUCUCCAACUAACACCCAACGACAGUCCAAAGCGCGCUGCGGCCCUUUGCUCAAAGAACCAGUCAUGA